AUGGGCAGCCAUGGUGUUCCGCGUUACAAGAUUGCGGAGAAAUCCCCUGAAGCUCGGCAACAAGAGUUGCAGAAGAUAGAGAAAUAUCGAGACUUGGAACGCUCUGUCUCGGAAAAGGUGGCCGAACAUGACUAUACGGCCGACACAUUGAAACAGAUCUCGGAGUUGCUCACCAGUAACCCGGAGUAUUAUACGAUCUGGAAUUAUCGGCGACAGGUCCUUCGGCAUCAGUUUACCCAGGCGGGUGACUCUGCCGAGGGGGAUGCCGUUGAUUCGAUUACAGAGCUGAUCAAGAAUGAUCUACUGUUCCUCAUUCCCCUUCUGCGUAGCUUCCCCAAAUGUUACUGGAUUUGGAACUAUCGCCUGUGGCUGUUGGAUGAGGCCCGUCGCCUGCUGCCUUUGCCCGAGGCCCGGCAGAUCUGGCAGGAAGAGUUUGCUCUGGUUGGAAAGAUGUUGACGCUGGAUAGUCGCAACUUUCACGGCUGGGGGUACCGACGCUUCGUGGUGGAAACCCUGAAGCAACUGGGUACCGCAGACGAGGCCACAGAGCUGACCCAGAAAGAAUUUGAAUAUGCAAAGAAGAUGAUCGGCGCCAAUCUCUCCAAUUUUUCCGCGUGGCACUAUCGCACCAAGGUGAUCCAGCGACUUCUCGACGAAAAAUCGGCGAGCGACGAGGAGCGGAAGAAGUUGCUGGACGACGAACUGGCUCUCAUCCACCGAGCCCUGAUUGAUCCUUACGACCAGUCCGUAUGGUUUUACCACCAGAACCUGAUGUGCGUGUUUGACCCGACAACGGCGGGACGGACCAUGGCACCGCGUCUGAGCGCGCCGGACCGGCUGCAAUACUUGCGACAGGAGAUCGACGCGAUUCAGGAGAUGAUCGACGGUGCUGAGGACUGCAAAUACAUUUACCAGGCGCUUAUCGAUUGUACCCUUUUGGUGGCCAAAGUACAGGGUAGCUUGCCACAUGCCGAUCGCGACCAGAUUCUGAGCUGGCUCUCGGAAUUGAAGCGGUUGGAUCCACUCCGGCACGGACGCUGGCUUGAUUUUGAGCGGACACUAUAG